CGAAGAAGAAGCGCCCGGGGAAGGCUGGGCACGGUUCCCGCGCGCGGGAGAACUUGAGGCGGGGAAAGGGAGGGGGCUUCUCUCUUGGCGCCUUCCCGUACCCUGAGUUCUGAUGCCAGCCUGGCAUCCCAGCUCUGGGAGUCUUUCCAGCUUCUCUGGUAGAAAAGCCGAGCGGCCGUUCAGGAAAGGUUGGUGCCCAAGCGGACUUUUCCGCAAGCCCCCCUGCAACGUGGCAGUACAGCAUCCCGCCUUCGCUUGGUGCACUGCCCACCGUAAGAAGAGGCUGUGCGGUGGAACUUCUUCUGGCCGUUUUCAGUUCUGGGUUUAUAACUUGGCGCCUGGGGAUGCCAGAGUGUAGCUGUUGGCUGAAAGCCCGCGGGCAGGCGGCUCGGAACAGCGGUGCUUUUUUUUUCUUUAAAGAAGCACUACUCGUAUUUCUCUGCAAAGAAAGUUUCUCUCCACCAUCCUUGCGUUUUGGAAAUGUGUUUCUGGCUGCCUGUUAAUUUCGUUUUGUCCUGCAUCACUAUUCAGGCUGCUAGCUGUGAAGUGAAGCAGUGAAAAUCCACCAAAAUGAAAGAGUCCUACGCAGUUGCACAGGAUGCCAAGAUGACGGACAACAGUCCUCAGGACAGGAAUAAGGCUGUUUGGCUGAUCUUUUUCAUACUCGGCCUGGGGACGCUCUUGCCAUGGAAUUUUUUCAUGACAGCUACGAUGUACUUUACCAGCCGCCUGGGGGGACCCCAGAACAUAUCCUUUGUCGACGGUGCUACAGAUACAAAUGUCACAGGGAGAAUGGAAGAGCCUCAUUCCACAUACCUUCAGUCCAUAUUCAACAAUAUGAUGACACUCUGUGCCAUGUUGCCUCUACUCAUCUUCACCUGCCUUAACUCCUUCAUCCAUCAGAGGAUCCCUCAGCAAGUACGGAUCCUAAGCAGCUUGAUUGCCAUCUUUGUGGUCUUCAUGAUAACAGCUAUCCUAGUAAAGAUCUCUAUGGAGCCAUUGCCUUUCUUCACCAUCACCAUGAUCAAGAUAGUUGUCAUCAAUUCUUUUGGUGCCAUUCUUCAGGGCAGCCUCUUUGGAUUAGCAGGACUCCUGCCUGCCAGUUAUACAACACCUAUUAUGAGUGGCCAAGGCCUUGCAGGGACAUUUGCAGCUUUGGCCAUGAUCUGUGCUAUUGCCAGUGGCUCUGAACUAGCAGAUAGUGCCUUUGGUUAUUUCAUCACAGCCUGUGUAGUAAUCCUGCUGGCCGUUGGCUCCUAUAUGGUGUUGCCUCGUCUGGAUUUCUUCCGCUACUACUCCAUGAAAGACAAGGCAGAGUAUUUGAACCAUGAGGACCAUUCUGAGCUGGAAACCAAGGUUGAUCUUAUCAAGAAAGAUGAGCCCAAUGGUUUAGAACCAAAGAUCCCUGCAAAUGGGGCUUCCCAUGUGCCAAACCACAAGUCCUCAGUCCUCAGCAUUUUCAGAAAGAUUUGGGUCACGGCUGUGUGUGUCUGCUUAGUCUUUACCAUCACUAUUGGAGUCUUCCCAGCUGUCACUGCUGAUGUAAAAUCAACCAUUGCUGGGAAAAAAACACUCUGGGAUGCAUAUUUCAUCCCAGUCUCUUGUUUCCUGGUGUUUAAUGUCUUUGACUGGGCUGGACGGAGCCUGACAGCUGUUUGCUUGUGGCCUGGAAAGGACAGCUCCCUGCUACCCUUCAUGGUGAUAUUCCGUGUGAUCUUCAUUCCCCUCUUCAUGCUGUGUAAUGUGCAAACCCGCCGAAACAUGCCGGUCUUUUUUGCCCACGAUGGAUGGUACAUCACCUUCAUGAUCUUCUUCUCCAUCUCCAAUGGCUACCUGGCCAGCCUCUGCAUGUGCUUUGGGCCCAAGAAAGUGUUACCCCAUGAAGCAGAGACUGCUGGAACCAUCAUGGCAUUCUUCCUUUCAUUGGGCCUGGCUUUGGGAGCUGUCUUCUCCUUCCUAUUCAGACAUGUCAUUUAGCAGAAUGUCAAAAAAACAUCUUGGGAAGGAGGGGCAGAGGAUCGGUGCUGUCUGCUCAGAAGGCAGAGUAACUUACCUACUUUCCAAGAACUCAUUGCCUUAGCUGAUGUGCCUAGCACCUGGCUUGGAGUACAGCUCUGUCCUUAUUGCGCCAAUAACUCAGCUCUUCCUCUUUGUGUUCCCUACCCUUGCCGGCAAUGUUUGACCUCUACCAAUCUAACCUUGCUCUCUAGGGUACACCUGGAUGCUUCCAGACAUGUGCUUGCCCAGCCCAAGAGCAUUCAUUCUGAGCUUGAGCUGGGGCUGCUUGCAACUCUCUGUCCUUGUGUUUUUUACAUUGUUGUCCUCUCUACUGCCAGACAAAAGAGAUUUACCCGCUGAAGCACCCCCUGCAGCAGCCUCUCAGCCCUGCUUCUGUUUAUAUGGGACCAGUGUGAGUACCCAAGAUCCUUCAGUAUCUACUCCAGGGUCAAAAGGAGGAUGUUUACCUCGACAUUAUUGCAAAGUCAUCUCUAAAACAAUCCAGGACUCCAUCAAGCCAGUGCCAUGCCUCACUCCUCAGUGACACACACCUAUCCUCUUGGGAAUCAUUUCUGGCAUACUCCAGCCACAGGACUCCCCAACCCAUAUUUAGUCUUUACGCUGAAAGAGCACAAGGCAGACACCUAGCUGCUCCCCAGUCUCCCCUAGCAGAAGGAACUACAGUGGCUGCUUACAGACUGAGCAAACCAGCAAUGGCUAGUACUGCUCUGGUAAAUUAAGGCUUGGUGGGCCCUCACACUUUCAGCAAGUUAUCAGGCUUGACUCUACAUUACUUUGUAAAUAUAUAUAUUUGUACAGGAGCCAUUGUGUAUCAACUGCCAACACCCCUGACAUUUAACACUCCCCUCCCUGCCGCUUUCAUAAGGUUUCUACCCUGCUUUGUCAAUAGGUGGCAGCCACACCAGAGGGCCACGGGGGCUGUCCCUCAACAUCAAUCACAAAGCUCUAGAAAGGCUGAGCUCCCUGGUCCCACCAGCAGCUCACAGUUUGGUCUUAAGGGCUAUAUUUCACUUUAUUUUAUGGUUGCUUAAAGCAGCUGAUCAGUUUUUAGCUUGUUAUAUGUGUUCUUUGGAUUGUAAGCCUCUGUAUAGCGGGGGUGUUUUUUUCUUCGAACUGAUUUUUUUUGAAAAAUCAUGGCCAUUUUUUAAAGAAAGCUUGUAGCCCUCGAAGGAGUGGAGGAACAUCUGUGUUUAUUUUAAACCAGACAGCAAAUUAAAUAUAAUAAUUUUUUUAAAAAAA